AUGGGUACUCGAGCCCAGAAUAGUCUCACAAUGGACGUGUGCAAGCUUGAAGUCUCGCCCUCCUACGAUCAAGUAGUGGCCGCCUGGGCCAUCUUCUGCCUGAUAUUCACAGGCCAGUCGGAGCUGUCCCAUACCUACACAAUAUUGGAAACUGACACCCCACACGGCGAAGUACGGACGUCUCAGUCUGACACGCUGAUUACCUGUCGAAGCCAAUUACUGAGGGAAACCCGGGUGGUAGAUGGCGAUACUGUGAAGUCGGAUCAAGAUAUCGCUGGCAUUGUGCUGCAGACGGCGCACUUGGGGGGGUCAGUCUUUGCCGAUAUCUUAAAGGAGUUUUGCCCUGGGUCGGACGUUCUGGCCCUCCUUGUGACGCAUGGCCAGCGUCUCUUUUCCUUUGCUGAAUUGGACUUGCCGCAACCGCAUUUUGUCUGUCGAAUUUGGGAGAAUGCCAUCACGUUGGAGACGGCCUUUCCAAAAGGUACCGGCACUGCCAUGGUAGCGCAAAUCAAAGGACUUGCGGAUAGUUUCUGUUCUUCAAUCGAGCAGACCGUGACGAACUGUCAAUCAGCAAAGACCUUGCAAGAUAUCGACAUCCUUUCCGAAAACCAGUUGGCUCAGAUCCUACAACGGAAUGAAGAGCCCUACAGAUCCGCGUGCGAGCCAGUAACUGAAACCUUGCUCACCAAGAUUCAGAGAAUGGCUGGUGUGGCGGGUGACGACGUGGCACUCUGCUCGUCCACACGCCAAAUCUCGUACGCCGAACUCGAUAGCCUGUCGGAUCGACUGGCCGCAGAAUUCCUGCAGUUUUCCGGGAAACCAGGUUCCUUCCUCCCUAUUGUGUGCCAUAAGUCGGCAUUGGCCGUCGUGGCCAUGCUGGCUGCGUGGAAGUUGGGAGCAGCCUUUGCCCUGAUUGACCCAAACCUACCGCGGGAGCGUCAGGAAUCUGUGCUGACGCAGCUUCGGAGUGAGGCUUUACUUCUCGUGGAGGAAGAAACAGUUCGUAUUGCCAGUACUUCUACAGUCCAUGAGCCCCAUGAAUUGCUCUAUCCCUCGAAUCAAGCUCCUCGCAUAUCACCAGAAGCUGGCCUGCUGCCCGGUUGUGGCUUGUUCGAUGCCGCCUAUGUCAUCUUCACCUCCGGGACAACGGGAAAGCCAAAGGGGGUGGUCAUUGAGCACCACAGCAUCAGCAAAAGCAUGACCAGUCUCGCAGACGCGAGUGGGCUUAGUAAUGCCACCAGGAUGCUGCAGUAUGCAUCAUACACGUUUGAUGCAUGCAUUUUGGAAAUAUUCUCCACGCUGAGUGUGGGUGGAGCGGUCUUCAUUCCGACAGACGUGGAGCGAAACAACUUGCUCCCAGCCUUUAUUCAGGAGCACGCCAUAAACACCAUGCUGCUAACACCUAGCGUGCUGCAAAUACUAAACCCUGCAGAGUGCUCCACAGUCAAGACCGUUUUUACAGGUGGCGAGAAGAUGUCCGCAUUGGCGAUAGAAAAGUGGUCAUCCCAGGUCAGGCUCAUAAACGCCUAUGGACCCACCGAAACUGCGGUUCUUUGUUCCCUGUUGGAUCGAGUCACCAACCUCACCCCUCCGGACAAGCUGGGGUGGGCUCUAGGUUCAUCCCUUUGGAUUGUCGAUGUCGAGGAUCCCAGCCGCCUUGUGCCGAUAGGAGCCGUGGGAGAGCUCGUUGUUUGUGGCCGGACACUAGCACGGGGCUAUCUUGAUGAUCCGGAGCGGACGAGAGCAGCGUUCUUGAAUGAUCCAGCUUGGUUACCGGACCUGGGUCCCGACAAGAGGGCGUCACGACGGGCGUACCGCACAGGCGACCUGGUUCGGUACGACGGUGAUGGCUCACUACAUAUUGUUGGUCGAAAAGAUCAGCAAAUCAAGCUACGUGGUCAGCGUAUCGAGCUGAGCGAGAUUGAGCUUGCUGUGCAGGGCCUGCUUCCGCAUGGUGUCGAGCUGGCGGUUGAGGUUGCGCGUCCUGGCGGGUCCAACAGUGCUUUCCAACUCGUAUUGUUUAUCGUCAUCGCCAUCGAAGAUGACUAUGGUGUCAAUGCUGUCCCUAGUAUUCUUACAUCCAAGAAUGCUGUCCGCCGGUUUGGCUUACUCACUAAGGAUCUACCGCAGCAACUUGCAGGUGUGCUGCCCGGCUACAUGAUCCCCGCAAUAUACAUCCCGAUUUCUGCGCUUCCCUUGACCAGAUCUGCGAAGCUUGAUCGCAAGACCUUGCAAUCAUGGGUCGAAACCAUGUCGGUUGCUGAUCUCGCGACACUGGCGUCCAGUCCGGUGGCGGAAGGACCUGAACCGGUGGGCAGCAUAGAGAUAGAGCUACAGAAGCUAUGGGGUCAAGUUUUGAGCGCCUCGCCUGACCAUAUAUCUCGGAACGGACACUUUUUCCGUCUGGGAGGUGAUUCCAUCAAAGCGAUGCAGCUUGUUGCAAUGGGGAGAGACGCUGGAAUUGCCACCUCCGUUGAGAAUAUUUUCAAAUAUCCAGUGCUAUGGGAGCUUGCUAAACAUGUUCAUCCUGUGGAUGACGAGGGAGACGGCCAAUCUUCCGACCCACUACCAUUCAGCCUCCUGGAGACGUCGAACGUUGAAGAGUUGAAGAUAAACGCCUCGAUGCAGUGUGACGUGGCUGCUGAAGUGAUUGAAGACAUUUAUCCCUGCACACCUCUCCAAGAGGGUAUGCUGGCAUUGUCGUUGAAAAAUCCCGAAGCUUAUAUAGCACAUUUCACAUACGAAACCCCGGCUGUUGAAAUUGGGUGUCUGGAACAAGCGUGGCAACAAGUUCUGCGACGAACGAGCGUUUUGAGGACCCGAUUUAUCAGCGGGCAAUCCAACGAUUUCCUACAGGUUGUUCUUCGAGAUGACCCGGACGCAAUCACGGUAGUCAAGCAUCUCGAACACGAUCCAGCUAGCCAGGAAUUUUAUGUUACUCUGGGUAGUCGGACAAAUCAAAUCCAUAUCUGUCCUAUCGAUGACGGUCGUCGUGCAGCCGUCAUUUGGUCCUCACACCACGCUACUUAUGAUGCGGUCUCGGUGCAACACAUCAUCAGCGAUGUGGAAUCUCUCUAUCUUCAACAGAGGCCGCCCCUGUUACGAAACUUUGCGGCCUUCAUUCGGGACACACAAUCGGUCAAUAAGGAGGCAGAAACACGUCACUUCUGGAUGGAUCAACUGCGGGAUUCCGAAACCUGUGCAUUCCCGGUGCAGCCCAUUUCGCACUCCGUGAGAGCGGACGCCACCCUUUCACGAACAAUCGCCUUCUCACGGAGUGCCAACUGCGAGGUGACCGCUGCGAAUCUCACCCGUGCGGCAUGGGCGCUGGUGUUGUCGCAAUAUAGUGGCCUCGAGAAUGUUGUUUUUGGCGUGACGACGAGUGGUCGAAGCCUCCCAAUCCGGGACAUCGACCUGGUGCGUGGUCCAACCAUCGCGACUGUUCCCGUACACGUAGCGGUGGCUGGCGGGGCAACUCUGAAAGACUUCUUGUCCAAGGUUCAAGAGCAAGCCGUGGCAAUGAUCCCUUUCGAGCACUUUGGCCUCCAGAAUAUCCGGGACCUAAGUCCCAGUGCGCGCUUGGCUUGCGACAUACGGUCUUUGCUCCUUCUUCAAUUCCCAGAGGACAGCGACCAGGACUGUGGCCAUGGUCGACUCAUGCGAAGCACUUCUUCCCAGAUGGAGGAUGUCCUCACAUACCCGCUGAAUGUUGAGUGCGUCUUCCGCCAACGCUCUAUCCUGGUCACCGCCCAGUUUGACAACGAGUUGAUAUCGGAAUCCCAGGUGGAGCGAGUCUUGGCAAGCUUCGAUGCUGCCCUUCAAUCCGUCACUCAACAAGAUGACUCUGUUUUGCUCAACGACCUGAGGCACAUCAGCGAUAUGGACCUUGAGCAGAUCCUGGCUUGGAACAAAGACGAGCCUACACCAGUCACGAUCCCAAUUCAUGAGAUUAUCAUGAACCAAGCUCGGAGCCAGCCGUCGGCACCGGCUGUUUCGGCGUAUGACGGUGACCUCUCCUAUGGACAACUAAUGAUCUUUUCGAUCUCUCUGGCGGAUCUGUUACAGAAAGAGUCGAUUGGGAAGGAGGAGAUUGUCCCCAUUUGCUUUGAGAAGUCAGUCUGGACGCAGGUGGCCAUUCUGGCGGUACUCAUAACUGGGGCCACCUUUGUCCUUCUUGACCCUAAGCUCCCCUCUGCACGGUUGGCCACCAUUAUCGAGGACGUCAAAGCACAACUUAUCCUUUGCCAACCGGAAACGAGGAAUGCUGUUUCCAGGACCAAUGCUCGCUCAUUUGUGGUCAGCCAAGAUCUCUUCUCGUCCAAUCGUGGACAAAGCGAGAGCACUUGGUUCGAAUCACUUCCGCUCCUCAAGCCAUCAAGAGUCGUGGCUGAAGACCCAGCCUACAUUGUCUUCACCUCCGGCAGCACGGGCAGGCCCAAAGGUAUUGUGGUCGAUCAUAUCGCUCUGAGUUCCAGUGCCAUGGCCCAUGGCAGAGCCAUCCAGAUCGAUUCCCAGGCCCGUGUGCUCCAGUUCGCGGCAUAUACUUUCGACGUAAGUAUUGGGGAUAUUCUGGUAACCUUGGCACUUGGCGGCUGUGUAUGUGUGCCGUCUGAGGCCCAGCGGUUGAAUGAUCUUAGUGGAGCUAUAAGAGACCUGGGUGUCAAUCAUGCCUGUAUUACAAGUACAGUGGCUAUGCAGCUUGACCCACAGACUGUGCCAAUUCUGCAGCGCCUCGUCAUCGGUGGAGAGCCAAUGAACCAAGCGUUGAUUGACCGAUGGGCGGCAAGGGUUGAUCUGAUCAAUAUAUACGGACCAGCAGAGUGCACCGUCUGGUGUGUGGGCAAGCUGAAUCUGACUGCUGUGGAUUCUGCAAGCGAUAUCGGGCACGGGAUGGGUGCCAUAACCUGGAUCACUGAAGUUGAUCACCCCCAUAAGCUAGCUCCCAUUGGCGCCAUUGGAGAGCUUGUUCUCGAAGGACCAACGCUGGCACGAGGCUACUUUAACGACCCCACGAAGACGGCAGAGGCAUUCCUUAUCGAUCCAUUAUGGACCCGAGCACAGACACGGAGCGGGAAAGCCACCCCCCGACGUGUCUACCGCACAGGUGACUUGGUUCGUUAUCGUCCUGAUGGAACGAUCGGUUUUGUUGGGCGACGUGAUCGUCAAGUGAAACUGAGGGGUCAACGCAUCGAGCUUGCUGAGAUUGAACAUACUCUUCGCCGGAGUCUGCCGCAGCAAGAGACGGAGACGGUUGUUGAAGUCAUCAACCUUCAAGGGAAGACAAACAACCCACAGCUGGUUGCCUUUGUCAAGGGGAGCAUGACUGAAGUAUGGGACAGCUCAAGUGCCGUGGUUGCUGAUCCAGUCGCGCUGGAGAGCUUCCACCGAAUGUUGGCAGGCAUUGACGAGCGCAUAGCUUCAACACUGCCUUCCUAUAUGGUGCCUACCUUCUACAUCCCAAUGCAAAGUUUGCCUCUCUCUGCCUCGGGGAAGCUGGACCGCCGAGCGUUGAGAGCUUGGGGCGAGAAUCUUCCGGCGUCUACCGUCCUGGCUUUAGAGCCCAAAAUGAAGGAGUAUGAAGCACCGGUGGGGGGGAAAGAGUCUCUUCUCGCUUCUCUUUGGUCCACAGUUCUGGAAGUGGAGGGCAAGAUUGGACGCGACGAUCAUUUCUUCCGCCUCGGGGGUGACUCGAUUAAAGCAAUGAGAUUAUCCGUAGCCGCGAGACGCCACGGCCUUGUACUCUCGGUUGAGUCAAUCUUCAAGUAUCCCUUGCUUGCAAGCAUGGCCAUCCAAGUUGAAAGUUCUAUGAACGAUGGUAGCAUGGACUGGGAGGAACAGGAUCUGGCGCCUUUCAGCCUCCUGGAACCGGAUACGAUACGACGGAUACAAGAAAUGUUCGCUUCGAGUUACGGAAUCCCACCAGAAGAGGUGGAGGAUGCAUCUCCGUGCACCCCUCUUCAGGAGGGUCUCGUCUCCAUGUCGUUGAAGAAGCAGGGCUCCUAUGUGGCCCGAGUCACUUUUCAACUCCCGCGCAACACUGACCUGGAGCGGCUACAGAACGCAUGGCGCCAGAUGCUGCAGAACAACCCAAUCUUGCGCACCGUUUUUGUCAGUACCGAGUCGGAUGGGGUCAUGCAGCUCGUCAUGAAGACUCAAGAGUCGCUGGUCGAAAUGUGCCAUUGUGACGAGGUAGAGGCUCGCGCUGCUCAAUUUACCUUCCUGCCAGGUCGACAGAGCAAUCUCAUGCUGCUCACACCGGGCAGUGAGGACAAGGCUCCGACGCUCACUUGGGUGCUGCAUCAUGCCGUCUAUGAUGGUUGGUCCUUUCAUCAGUAUUUGGCCGAAGUCAACAAUCGCUAUUACGGAUCUACCCCUGCUCCUGUGAGGUCCUUCGUAAAAUUCAUCAGACAUCUUCGAAAAAUGGACAAUCAUGCCGCGCAGACCUUUUGGGCGCAGUAUCUUCGUGGGGCUCAGCUCUGCGAUUUCCCUCCAGCACCAGUGACGGAAUCCGAAGGGAUCAGCGCUACAGUCCGCAUGGAGAGGAAAUUUGAAGUACCACAACGAGUGACAUCGGAUAUCACCGUCGCUACUGUGGUGAGAGCCGCCUGGGCAGUCGUCAUUGCAAGAUUCACAGGUAUGAAAGACGUCGUCUUCGCCUCCACGAUGAGUGGUCGGAAUGUGGGACUGAAAGGGAUCGACUGCGUUCGUGGUCCUACCAUAGCCACCAUACCAGUUCGCGUUCAGCUCGAUCCAAAUGUCACGGUGGCGGGAUUCCUACAAAAGGUGCAAGAGGAGGCUGUCAAGGUGAUGCCUUACGAGCAUCAUGGGCUCCAGAACAUUCAAAGAGUCAGUGACGAUGCGCAGCAUGCAUGUGAAGCUAGGUCUCUUCUUGUCUUGCAGCCUGCGGAGUAUUCGCAGAGCCACCAAAUGCUCAAUCUUUUCAAAGGUGACUCACGCCAGCAGGACGUUUACACCUAUCCUCUCACCAUGGAAUGUAUCCUGGGUACAAGCGGCACGAUUGACGUGGUGGGGACAUACGAUGAUACCUUUUGCAAAGAAGACUUUGUCUCUCGUCUUCUCCAAUAUUUGGAAGAGACAGUACGACUCCUCUACGAGUCAAUGAGCAAGCCACUGUCCUGGGAGGUUCUUCUAGGGCCGCAUAGAAAUGAUCUUGCUACAUUGGAGCGCUGGAAUUCGCGUGUCCCUCCAGCAUCUCGGUCGACGGUUCAUGCUCUCUUCGAACAAUCGGUCCUCGAAGCGCCCAACAAAAUUGCCCUUAGCACAUCUGGCAGACAACUCACCUAUGAGGAAGUUGACCAACUGUCGGCCUCCUUCGCCAAGUGUCUCCGAGGAAAUGGAAUUGGGCGAGGCUCGCUAGUGGGCUUGUGUUUCGAUAAGAGCUGGACUGCCGUAGUGGCCAUGUUGUCUGUUCUCAAGGUCGGCGGAGCUUUCUUCGCUUUAGAUCCCACUCAUCCCCCAGAGCGCAUGCGGGAGAUAGCGGAGGUGUUCCAUCAUUGUGUGAUCUGUAUUGACGACGCCCUCUCGCGAGGGAUGCACCAACCGGGAUCCGCCAGCUUUGACCCCAAGGAAGUUCAGCCUUCGGAUUUGGCUUUCGUUCUUUUCACCUCUGGGAGUACAGGAAGGCCCAAGGGAAUAGAAAUCACACAUGAGGCAUUUUGCAGCAGUAUUCUAUCUCAUGCACCGAGACUGGGGCUGACGUCUGCCUCCAGGGUGCUUCAGUUCUCAGCUUACACAUAUGACGUUAGCAUGGCCGAAAUCUUCACCACCCUGGCAGUCGGUGGAUCAGUGUGCAUACCCUCUGCUGAGGAUCGUCUGAACAAUUUAUCUGCCUUCAUGACUGCGCAGCAGGUUAGCUGGUCCUUUCAAACCCCCACAAUGGCCUCCUUCCUUCAGCCGAGCGCGGUUCCAACCCUGAAGACCUUGGUUCUAGGAGGAGAAGGCGCCACUGAGCACAAUCUUCAGACAUGGUCCGGCAGAGUCCAGCUCAUCAAUAGCUAUGGGCCAGCUGAAUGCUCAAUUUGGACCAAUUGUGCGGCCGGAAUUGCAGAAAACGCUGACCGACGAAAUGUGGGCCUGCCAGUCGGUUGCUCUAUAUAUGUCACAGAUCCUCAGGAUCCCCAGUGCCUUCUGCCUAUCGGCGCGGUUGGCGAGCUGCUUGUGGGAGGUCCAAACAUUGCCCGGGGGUAUUGGAAAGAUAGUGAGAAAACUGCCGGCAGUUUUCUGUCUAACCUGCGGUGGAUGCACCUGGUAGGGUGCACCGGUACCGUUUAUAGAACGGGAGAUCUGGGUCGGUAUUGUAGUGAUGGGACCAUUGAGGUCCAUGGGCGCAAGGAUCGUCAAGUGAAGCUCAGAGGUCAGCGUAUCGAGCUCCCUGAAGUCGAGUUCCGCCUCCGCCAGUGUCUGCCCCCUGAUUCCGACGUGGCUGUGGACGUGAUUCGGUCUGAAAGUGCUGGGUCUUUGGCGCAAUUAACUGCCUUCAUCGUUCUUCCGGAUGUUGGGGACGACUUGUCGUUGCUCCCCAACACCCAGAUUGUUACAGAUGAGGCGGUGAUUCGAAAGCUGAGAGAUCUUGUCGAUGCACUGGACAAGAGACUACCCGAGUUACUCCCUUCAUAUAUGGUUCCCUCUCUAUACAUUCCAAUCGCCACAUUGCCACUAUCCGCCUCGGCAAAGUUGGAUAGGAACGCCUUACAGUCCUGGGCAAAGAAUAUCCCACGGACAUACCUCUCAAACCUUAUGCCUUCUGGACUGCAUGGAGAGCAGCCUCAAGAUCGCUGGGAGCGCCAACUCCAAUCGCUAUGGGCUGACAUUCUCCGGGUUCCAACGUCUGACAUCCGAAGAGGUGACCAUUUCUUCCGCCUUGGGGGCGAUUCCAUCAAGGCAAUGCGAUUGGUUUCAGCAGCCUCUCGACACAAUUUGCACCUCACUGUUGAACUCACAUUCAAGCAUCCAGUCCUGUACAAGAUGGCAGCGCACAUGCGUGAGCACCAGUCGGAUGGUGUAAUGAAGCCAGCACCGGCCGCACCAGCACCGUUCAGUCUACACGAUCCCGCUCACGAUAUCAGUCAACUCCAAGCUGACAUAACUGCACAGCUUGGCCUCAAUUUGAAUAGCUUGGAAGAUCUAUAUCCCUGCACAGCUCUCCAAGAGGGGAUGUUCGCCCUUUCGCUGAGGAAUCCCGGUACAUAUGUAGGACAGUUCACAUUCUCGCUGUCUGAUCAAGUGGACCUGGACAUGCUUGAACAGGCCUGGAUUGAUGUUGUGACCCGGACACCCAUCAUGCGUACGAGGUUUGUUAGUACCAGCGAGGGGCGCUUCAUGCAGGCUGUCAUCAAGGACGAGCGUGUGGUGCGCCGCAUCAGCGCAGAGGAUGAAGACUCGCUUCUACAGAACUUCCAGGUAGGACCAGGAGACAAACAGUUGUCUCAAGUGAAUCUCUGCAGAAACUCCGUGGUCUGGAUUGCCCACCAUGCUGUGUAUGACGGAUUGACAAUCCAGAACAUCUUGCGUGACGUCGAGGCAACAUACAGAGGCAAAACCAGCCAUGCUUCUAGCAUUCCAUUCAGUCUCUUUGUUCAGCUCUCAACGAUGACCAACAUGGAAGAUGCUCGGAAUUUCUGGCGCGAAAACCUUGAAGGAGCCGAAAGAUGUGAGUUUCCAGCCCUGCCAACGUCGGACUACCAACCACGUCCGACAGCCCUGAUGGAGCGACAAAUCCACUUCUCCCGCACGAUAUGCACGGAGGUCACUGACUCGAAUCUCUUCCGCGCUGCCUGGGCAUUGACAAUCGCGCAAUUCCUGGGACAUGACGAUAUCGUUUUUGGACUCACAAUCAGUGGUCGGAAUCUCCCCUUGCAAGGAAUUGAAUCAGUCCGAGGACCGACCAUUGCCACGGUUCCUGCUCGCAUACAGGUGCAAGAUGAAUGGACCAAAGAGCAGUUUCUGCAGCGUGUGCAAGACUCCGCCACUGCCAUGAUCCCGUUUGAGCACCUUGGCCUGCAGAAUAUUCAGCGCCUGAGCGAAAGCGCGCAGUCUGCCUGCGAUAUCCAAUCUGUUCUCAUCUUACAGUUUCCCGAUUCAGAUUCUUCACGAGCAUCAGAUGAGCACGAUCGACCAAUUAUGUCUCUAGUCUCGGGAACGUCCUUGGACGGCUUCUACACGAAUGCCCUCAAUAUCGAAUGUACUAUGCACCAGUCUAGUGCCAACGUGAUUGUCUCCUAUGACGAGACCGUCAUUCCAGCCACCCAAUUACGACGCGUGUUGACAUAUUUUGAUGAGGCUAUUCAACAUUUAUCCUCGGGUUCUCCAUGGACAAAAGUAGCUGAGCUCAAACGUCUCCAUGCUCUGGAUCAAGGGCAGAUUCUUCGGUGGAACGAUCGUUCUCUUGAGUACGCCGAUGUUUGCAUACAUGAACUGAUUCAAGAACAAGCUCGGCUCCGGCCCCAUGCACCCGCAAUUUGCUCUUGGGAUGGGGAUAUACAAUACGAAGAGCUCAUUAGCUUAUCCUUACAGCUGGCCGAGCAUCUUCAACAAACAUGUGGUAUUAGGCCAGGCGAUUUCGUCCCUAUUUGCUUUGAGAAGUGCAAGUGGACACAAGUCGCAAUUCUUGGGAUCCUCUGUGCGGGGGCUGCCUUCGUCCCUUUGGAUCCCAGAAAUGCCACGUCCCGCAGAGACGCCAUCAUUCAAGACAUCGGUGCCAGAAUCAUACUUUGCUCCGAGGGACUUCAAGAGGCUCUUAGCCCAUCGACUGUUCUAUCUUUGGUGGUUAAUGACCGAUUUUUCCAUGGGACGAAACAGAGCCUUGAUGUCAGAGAUCGGAUCCCGAUGUCCUCUGCAAACAGCCCAGCUUAUAUUGUCUUUACCUCUGGCAGCACGGGCGUACCGAAGGGAAUCGUGGUCGAACACUCAGCUGUGAGCUCAAGCGCUCUGGCACAUGGCCGAGCCAUCAAAGUCAGUAGCAGCUCCCGCGUCCUGCAAUUUGCGGCCUAUACUUUUGAUGUUAGUAUCGGAGACAUGCUUGUCACACUCGCCUUGGGUGGCUGUGUUUGUGUGCCGUCAGAGACUGAACGAAUCAACGAUUUAUCCGGAUCUAUUCAACGAAUGCACGUCAACCAUGCUUGUCUGACAAGUACAGUGGCCCUGCAACUCGAUCCCCAAGAGGUCCCUACAUUGCGGCGCCUAGUGGUUGGAGGUGAACCAAUGGAUGAGUCACUGGUCAAUAAAUGGGCCGAUCAGGUAGAAUUAGUGAACAUCUACGGGCCUGCGGAGUGUACGAUCUGGUGUAUGGGCAAGGAAUUGUCGAGAGGGGACUCGUCUCAGAACAUAGGCUGGGGGAUGGGCGCGACCUCGUGGAUCGUUAACCCCCGUGAUCCAUACAAGCUUGUACCGAUCGGCGCAGCUGGUGAGCUCGUUCUUCACGGUCCAACAUUGGCGCGAUGCUACUUCAAGGAACCAGAGAAAACGAAGGCGGCCUUCUUACAGAAUCCUGCAUGGUUGCCCUCCAACUUGUCCCAACAGAGCCCACGGGCCUAUUGUACUGGUGAUAUCGUCCGUUACGGAGAAGAUGGCGCCCUGCACUUUAUCGGGCGUAAAGAUCGGCAGGUCAAGCUCCGAGGCCAUCGGAUUGAACUUGCGGAGGUAGAGGUCAGUCUCCGUCAAUUGCUGCCUUCAGAGACCGAGGUAGCGGUGGAAAUUGUCACUCCAGGUGGCCCUUCUGCUGCUGCAACCCUAGCGGCCUUUGUCCGAAGUCCUGGUUCACGUGGAGAUCAUGUUAUUUCUGAGGCUCCCAAGGUAUUGACCGCAGCUUCGGAGAACCAAGCUCUCCAACAUCUGGUUCAGAAGAAUAUCCAGCCCCAACUUUCGGACUUACUUCCGCCAUAUAUGCUCCCAUCGCUAUACAUCCCGGUGUCCGCCCUCCCUCUGUCAAUCUCCGCGAAGCUUGACCGUCGAACUUUACGAAAAUGGGCAGAAAGCCUCUCUGCAUCAUUCUUGGGGAACACAUCCGCCAACUCAGCUGAAAAUCGUAGGUCACCAGAAGGUGAACUAGAACAGUCUCUCAGUUCUCUCUGGAUUACUGUUCUCAAGCUCGUCGAUCCUCCCGGGCGUGAUGACCACUUCUUUCGCCUUGGUGGUGAUUCUAUUCGUGCGAUGCAGCUGGUCAGUACCGCACGACGCCAGGGUAUCUUCCUGAGUGUCGACAAAAUCUUCCAGGCCCCGAUCUUGCGUCAGAUGGCAGCGGCAGUGGAUCGGGACACUGGCUCUUUGGUUGAAUCAGCCAGCAAGGUACAGUGCUCACUGAUGCCAUUUGAGAUCCUGGGUCUUUCAUCCCAGGAAGAAGAUACGCUCAAGCAAGAGGUGGUAUCGCAGUGUCAUGUUCCACUUGACAAUAUCGACGACAUGUAUCCGUGUACACCACUGCAAGAGGGCCUCGUAGCCUUGUCCAUCAAGGAGCCUGGAGCAUACACCGCGCGCCUCUCAUUCCCACUGUCUGUCGAUGUAGACAUCAGCAUGCUCAAGCAGGCUUGGGAGAAUGUCGUGCAAAGAGUCCCGGCUUUGCGGACUCUGCUUUUUUACUCCAAGACCAGAGGAUUGAUUCAGGUUGUCCUGAAGAAAUUCUUUUCUUGGUCCGAGGAUGCUCCGGAAACUGGCAACGCUCUUGUCAUGGACCAGCUUGCGAAUCAAACUGCGACCAGACCGCUCUGCAUUUUUACCAUAGACGGAAUGGUGUUGACAUGGACUAUUCACCAUGCUCUCUAUGAUGCCUUCUCGUUGAAUCUCAUCUUCCGCCUGCUGGACUGGGAGUACAGUCAACCUUCCCUGGUGCCCCCACCCUUAAUGAGAUGUGAAUAUCGGAAGUAUAUUGCAGAGGUCUGUAAACGCGACAACUCGCAGGCCAGAGUAUUCUGGGAAAAAUAUCUCUUCGAAACACCCGAUCCAGUCUUUCCUCAUCCGCACAACUCCGCAUAUCGACCUAAAACGCGAAAGGCCAUCAGAACUCAAAUGCCUACCGAUCUACGAUCGACUUGCACUACAGUCGCAAACCUGCUGAGAGCAGCCUGGGCAUUAACAGUGGGCGCCUACGCCAAUCUGGACCAGGUGGUCUUUGGAACAACACUUCACGGCCGUGAUCCAACCUCUCCUUACCUUGCUCAUGCUGUUGGGCCGACAAUCGUCACAGUCCCGGUCCGAGUAUCCCUGGAGAAUGGGCAGUCUCUCGGAGAACUGCUGCAAGAUAUUCACGACGACUCUGCCCGCGUUUCAGUGCACGCUCAUCUUGGUCUUCAGCAAAUCAGCCAGCUGAGUGCGGACGCCCGUCGUGCAUGCAACUUCCAACAUAUGUUCCUGGUCAAUGACGCAUCCACGGAACAGGGCAUGUCAAAAGUCUUGGGAGCGCCACUAGUGGUGGACAACAGCGAGAACUUUCAAAUGUACGCGCUCGAAGUCGAAUGCCAGGUGCAUGCCUCGGGUGUUCAAGCCAGAAUGUUUUAUGACAGCGAGGUUAUCAACGACACGAGGGCCAAGUGGAUGCUGGAGCACUUCAAUUCUAUCUACCGCGCCAUCUGCUCGGCCCCUGCUUCGAUCAAAAUCUCGGCUUUGCGUCACGCAACAGCAAGCGAGCAACGCGACCUUCUCCUUGCAAACGAGAAACUUCCUGCUCCGGUUCCAAACACACUGCACGGGCUGUUUAGCGAAAAGGCUGAUCAGUACGUGAGCAGAACGGCCGUGCGUGCUUGGGACGGCACCUUUGAUUACAGCGAGGUUGACGAACUCUCUGAUCAGCUAGCUCAACUGUUGAUAGGGAAAGGUGUCAGUCCUGGCUCUCAUGUAGUCAUUUGCUUCGAGAAGUCCAAGUGGGUUUGCAUUGCCAUGCUUGCAAUCCUGAAGGCCGGUGGGGUGUGCGUGCCACUCAACGUUACCUACCCCUUGGAAAGAGCGCACUAUGUGGUCAGCCACGUGAAGGCUCUUGUUUGCCUCUCCAGCGCCCGCUGCGCAAAGAUCUUCAACGGCUGCCAUGUGGAUGUGGUGCUCGUGAACCACAUCACGUUUGACGGUCAUAUUGUAGACCCUCCCAGGCUACCCACCGUCACUCCUGAUGAUGCCGCUUUUGUCAUGUUCACCUCGGGGACUACGGGAUACCCUAAAGGUGUCGUCCAAACCCAUUCGAAUCUGGUGACUAGUACUUUAGCCAUUGGUACACGGAUGGGAUACACCGCCAAUUCCCGUAUUCUACAGUUUGCUUCAUUCACCUUUGAUGUCAGCCUCGGCGACAUCUUCGGGGCCUUCUUCUUCGGUGCGUGUAUCUGCAUUCCCUCCGAGCAACAAAGGCUGGAUGCCCUCGACGAUUUCAUCCGAGAUAUGCGGGUUGAUCAAGCCUGCCUUACGCCCGCCGUGGCACGGACCUUGGCUGGCAAGCAUCUGCCAACGCUGGACACACUGAGUCUAGGUGGUGAACCUCUUCAGCUUACCGACAUUCGCCAUUGGGCAGGGAAGGUUCAUCUUCGCAAUAUCUACGGGGUUACCGAAUGCACCAUCUGGUGUGCGAUCAGCGACCCGAUCGACCCGAGCUCUAGUUCGCCGCGAAAUUUCGGGUAUGGAAUGGGUGCACGACUGUGGAUUGUCGAUCCGGCCGAUACCGACUGUCUCAUGCCCCCCGGUGCGAUUGGAGAACUCUUGGUCGAGGGACCCAUUGUUGGCAAGGGAUACCUUUACGACGCAGUCAAGACCAAGACCAGUUUCAUCCGCAAUCCACCGUGGCACCCCUUGGUCCAGCGUGGCGACAAGGUCCGACUCUACAGAACUGGCGAUCUGGUCAGACUGGAAAAUGCACGAUCAUAUGAGUACCUCUGCCGUAAGGACACGCAGGUCAAGAUCAAUGGACAGCGGGUCGAACUUGGCGAGAUUGAAAACCAACUUCAACAGAUGAUUCCCCCCCAUCUGCUAGCCAUUGUGGAUCAGUUGUCAGUCCUCAAUUCCAAACCCCUUGUCGCCUUCAUCGCGUCUCGUGAUCCCGCAAUGGCGACACCGCUGCUGGAAGAGGAGAGGCGAGUAUUGGUGACAAAGGUCCGUUCAGCUCUUUCCAGCAUUUUACCCUCACAUAUGCUACCCGCCAAGUAUGUCUUCCUUGAAAGACUGCCGCUUUCCGCCUCUGGAAAAGUCGAUCGCCGAGCACUGCGAGAGCAAGGGGAGGCCGUCAUCGUUGAUGCCAAAUCUGAAGGAGGGCUAGCCGCGGAGCACUUCUCAGAGCAAGAGCGCCAGCUUAGUGAGCUGUGGAAAUCAUCAAUCCGCCUCGAUGGAUGCCCCCUUGGACCGGACAGCAAUUUCUUUGCGGUGGGGGGUGACUCCUUAGCCGCAAUGCGCUUGGUCUCUUGCGCGAGACAUGCUGGCAUUGACCUUUCUGUGCAAGCUAUUUUUGCGCAUCCGACCCUUGCAGACAUGGCCGCCCAAGCCGCUGUGAAACGUGUCAGUCAAUCACAAACUGGGAGCUCUUACGGACGCUUCGAGCUUGUGCAAGAUCUGGAUUUAACUUCGAUCAAGACGGAGGUGAUGUCUGCUUGCAGCAUCGAGAGUCAAGAUAUCCUCGAUAUCCUGCCCACUUCGCCCCUUCAGCAUGAUUACAUGGUAGCAGCGGAGGGAAGUCCGGGUUGGUUUUGCACGCAGUUUGUCGUACAGCUACGUCCGUCUGUGCAGCUGAACCAGUUGCUGCAUGCAUGGAAGAUGUUGUUUGAGUCCCAUGAAAUCCUUCGUACGCGGAUUGUUUGGGACGGCGUGCGGUACUUGCAGGUUGUGCACCGCGCGCCAUUCGCCGUCACACUUCGUUCCGAAGACGUGGCGGCGUAUUUAGAGUCCGACCAGCGAUGCCCCUUUGUCGCUGGCGGCGAGAUGCACCGAAUGGCGAUUAUCCAGGAUCCGGAUGACGUACCCACUCACCUCGUCUGGUCUGCUCAUCAUGCCAUCUACGAUGGUUGGUCGAUCCGUCUCAUUCUUCGUCGCCUCAGCCAGCUCUACGGAGCCUCGGAGGACGUCGUGGACGGAGCAAUCAUCGAACCUAUUGGCAAGUACAUUAAACAUAUAUCGCGGAUCCAUCGGCCUUCCGCCCAUGAGUUCUGGACAUCCCAGCUUUCGGGAACGCGCUGCCAACCACUACGCCAAUUGUCCGCUUGCGGGAAGCAACCCUGUGCCAACGCCUUUUACGAACAUGAGUUGGUCAUCACGCCUACCCAUUCCCCGGACCGCGACAGCAACAACAACAUCACCCUCCCGACCAUCCUACACGCGGCGAUGGGGUUGCUCGUGGCCCGGCGGUCUCAGAGCCCAGACGCCGUCCUAAGUUUGACUCUGACCGGGCGGAAUGAGGCGAUCGCCGGGAUCGAGGAGGUCAUUGCCCCCAUGAUCACCAUGGUCCCUCUGCGCAUACCCGUGGACCCGACCACCACUCUGACGGCCCUUCUCCGCGACGUGCAAGCACGGCUCCAGGCAAUGAUUCCCUGGGAGCAUACCGGCUGGAGCAACAUCGCUCGUAUCGAUCCAGAUUGUGGCGCCGCCUGCGCCAAUGCCUUCCCUAUGGUCGUCCAGGCCUUCCAGGAUGAUGACGACGGCGCUAGCGACACAUCAUCCCUCCUCCUCGCCGCCGCACAUAUGCGUGCGAUCCCCAUGGGCGCGCCUCCCUUGCCGAUCUUGAGCGAGUGUCGCGUGCAGGGUCCCGCGGUCAUCACCUCCUUCCGCUAUGAUCCCAGUCUAUUCGACCGUUCCUUCAUCGCCGAUAUGUGCGUUGAGUUCGAGACUUUGGUGAAGGGUCUGAGUUGCCCCUCCGCAACCAAAUGCAUUGGAGAGUUGUAGAGUGGUCUUCAUUCAGCUGUGAUGGAAGAAGGGCGCACAGUCGUAUAAUCUGCUUUUCAGAAUGUUUUAACCCUAAUUCAUCGGGGGUGGACGAGCAAAGGCAUGUUCGGAGUGGGGUUCCGCGCGGGAAGCCCGCUGAUGGGCCCAGAUUUUCUAGGGUUUAGUCUUGUUUAGAUGAGAAUCUGAUUAUUCAGAUUCAAUUUGAU